UCCCACAACGUAAUAUCUGACUAAUGACUAUAAUCUAAUCCCGUUUUAAUAUCAGCAGCCGGUUUUGACGAAGAACUAAAAAAAAGCAUAUAUAUUAUCCAUCGGACGUUCUUAAAUAUGGUAUGGUACACCUCAUAACCCACUUUGUCUAUUUACUUUUGCUGAAGAAACUGAUGCGAACCAACUAACUGUUAGUUCCGCACUGUACAUCACUCGAAGAACCGCAUAGUCUCAAACACUCGAUAGAUUUCCGUUAAAACCAACUAAAUUCAUACUUUUUUAAUAAAAAAUACAUUAUUAUUAAUCAGUGAUGUGAAAAGUUUUGUAUAAAAUGUUUAAUCUUGUUAAAUGUGCUGUGUUAUUGUUACUUUGGUGUUUUGUGGUCGCGUUUUGUGAAGAAACUAUUAAUGCCAAAGAUACAUCUAGACAAAAUAAUAUCAUUAAAAAUGUUAAAAGAAAAAAUAGUCUGUAUAAGACGUACGGGAAUCUUAUAGUUGCUAAUGAUGUUAAGGAUAAUAAGAUACUCAGUUUCAAGCCAGGUGACAUAGUAAUGGAGACACAAGUCAUCAGCAGACCGUUGAAUUUGACCGAUCCUACAGCAAAUUCCAGCCACAAAAAUAUAAUCGAUUGGUUUUUGGGUGUAGUCGGCUUUAAACCUGAAGAAAACCAACCAGAAACGCCUCAGAAACCAGUUAUUCCAAACUUAUUUUGUCCAAAGUGCAGGUGCGGUGUAGCAUUAAAACAUAAAAGGAUCGUCGGUGGAGUUGAAACACUAGUGAAUGAGUAUCCGUGGAUGGUGGCCCUGCAAUAUAACAACAGAUUUUACUGCGGAGCUUCCCUAAUAAAUAGCAAAUAUCUUCUCACAGCAGCACAUUGCGUUAAUUCUCUCUUAGACGAUUUGAAAAUUAUUAUUGCUAAUGAUAAAUCACAAAUUGAUUUUCUAGGAGUUGCUGUUGGAUGGGGUGCCACAGCUCAACAUGGACACGUCUCUACGAAGUUGAGGGAAGUAAACGUACCAAUUAUCUCUAACAUCGAUUGCCGUAAAACCGGAUAUAGUAACAGAAUAACGGACAACAUGAUAUGCGCGGGAUUCCCGCAGGGACAGAAAGAUUCUUGUCAAGGAGACAGCGGUGGACCCUUACAUGUAAUUAACGGUAGCAUUCACCAAAUAGUUGGAAUUGUUUCUUGGGGCGAAGGAUGUGCACAACCUAAUUACCCCGGAGUUUAUACAAGAGUAAAUAGGUUUAUAACUUGGAUCGAGUCAAAUACUAGAGAUGCUUGUUAUUGUUAACAAUAAAGGCUACCAAUUUAUGAUAGAAGUUUCUUAUC